CCGAGCCCGCCGCCGCCAUGCCCAAGGUGGUGUCCCGCUCCGUGGUGUGCUCCGACACCCGCGACCGCGAGGAGUACGACGAUGGCGAGAAGCCGCUGCACGUCUACUACUGCCUGUGCGGGCAGAUGGUGCUGGUGCUCGAUUGCCAGCUGGAGAAGCUGCCGAUGCGGCCGCGGGACCGCGCCCGCGUGAUGGACGCGGCCAAGCACGCCCACAAGUUCUGCAACGCCGAGGAGGAGGAGAGCGUCUUCCUGCGCAGACCCGAAGGCAUAGAGCGGCAGUUCAGGAAGAAGUGUGGCAAGUGUGGACUGCUGCUCUUUUAUCAACACCAACAGAAAAAUGCUCCUGUGACGUUCAUUGUUGAUGGUGCUGUGGUCAAAUUUGGCCAGGGUUUUGGGAAAACAAACAUAUAUACUCAGAAACAAGAACCUCCUAAAAAGGUGAUGAUGACCAAACGGACCAAAGACAUGGGCAAGUUCAGUUCUGUCACAGUCUCCACAAUUGAUGAAGAGGAGGAGGAGAUUGAAGCGAGGGAGAUCGCAGACUCGUACGCACAGAACGCAAAAGUGAUUGAGAAGCAGCUGGAACGCAAAGGCAUGAGCAAGAAAAGGCUACAAGAGUUGGCUGAGUUGGAAGCCAAGAAAGCCAAGAUGAAAGGAACCCUCAUUGAUAACCAAUUCAAAUGAAAUGCUGUGUAUCUGCUGGCUAUUUGGAGACAGGAGAGAACUACCAAGAGCUAUCACAGUUCUGUCAACAAAGCAGAAGUAACAGACAGCGUUCAAGAGUUGCACUGUGCUGCAGCCAGCUUGGAGGAUGAGAACCUCUCUGGAUCCCUCUGUAUAAGUGAUACUCUGGGUACCAGUCUUAACUCCAGUGGCACUGGAGACUUUGCUCAAACUGCAGUUCUCUACAGACCCAGUGUUAUGAGCAGGCUGUUCCAGGUAGAAUAUUUACUUUCAAGAAAAUCUUUGCUGGGUGCCUUCCCAAGUUCACCUUUAGAUCCUGUCUUUUUAUUUGUAGUUUUCAAAUGUGUUUCCUUGAGUACAUUAGGAUGGUGAGUAACUGUACAACAAAGAAAUCCUUACAAAAGUAAGCUCUAUGCCUGUUGUUCAUGUUGCUAUUUUAAACAUAUCCAAAAGGUGCAGCAGCCUGAGCUAUGCCAUUCCAACACAGUCUGGAACGACUGGGAUGCAAGGCUUGGGCAUGGUGCUGCUCCAGAGGCAGCCAGCACAGACUGGGCUGCUGCACUGCAGUCUCAGCUCCUGCUGAACUCCUAAGGCUGCAGUUGUACAGAAUUACAGUCACAACAGACACAUACCAGAGUGUAAAAUGCAAGCCUGUUUUAAACUAUUGUAAAUAAAACCUGCUACUAAUGAGUUCAAAUACAUGGUUGGAAGUUACUGAUACAGCCAGUGAUCAUUAAAGAAUACAACUGCACAUCUGAACUAGCCCAUUGGGCAAAACAGUAUCAGUAUUUGGAGCUGUGAAAUGUGAAGGAAAAAUUGUUUUGAAUUUACUGACCACUAAGGGCUUGGAUAGACAACAUUACACACCAGUUUUUAAAGUACCUUGUUUGGGUAAUAGUACUUUGUGCCUCUUGCAUUAUGUAAUAACAGUGCUCUCUAGCCCAUGUCUUCAUUGCUCUAUAUUGGAUUAAAGGUCAUGUUACAGAUUUGAACUAAAAUACCUCUCCUGAGAUGUUCUUCCUCUACCAAGUAAAUGCAUCACAAAAUGCAAGCAAUGAACAGGAUGCUUCAAUCUCCCACAAUUAUUAUGGAAAACUUCCUAUAAUCAAUAAAGAUUUUCCAUCUGGCUUUAUAGCCCUGACUGGGAAAACUCA